AUGUCUCAUAAACCAAUAGGAGCACUCUCUGGAGCCUCCUUAUUAGGCGGUAUCUUCGCAUAUACCAAAUUCAACUCGACUCCUUCUCUCGUCGCUUCCUUUGCUAUUGGAAGUGCUAUGUUACUGUCUUCUAUGAGAAUAAGGGAUGGGAUGGAAUAUGGUUAUGAAGGUGCUGCGUUGACAUCUGCCGCUUUGGUAGUUCCCACUUUGAGACGAACGAUCAAGACUCGAAUGCCAAUUCCAGCUACAGUAUGCGCACUAGCAACUGCAAGUACGGCAUAUUACAUCAAAUCUCUAGCUGAUUAUCGACGUCAUGCCAUCUGA